AUGGCCCAUCUCUCACUAAAUCAGUACAAAUGCACUCACAUCAUUAUGCACGGCACUUGCCUCAGCGGUUUAUACCCUGUGCCAUUUACCCAUAAAGCCCACGAUUAUCCACAUUUUAAUAUCUAUAUCUCAUUCGGCGGCCCCAAAUAUUGUAUAACUGCCCUUAAUACAUACGUUAUACCACUUUUUCACCAUCUACUAUCCACUCAAUUUAUAUACACUUAUGUCAAUAUUACAAAAAAAUCACCACUAAAAUCACCUAAACAUAAAAAUAUUCUAUCCUUCAACGAUAAUACAUAA